AUCCACUGUUGGUUGAGUACUGACAGUGAGGUAGCCGGGUUAACCAUUUGAAAAUCCUUGUACUAGUACUUUAUUAAGGACAUUUUUUAAUGAUUAAGGACAUUUUUUUAAUGAGUUGUAUUUUGCACACUGACUCUAACAAGCCUCGAUCGCUGUAAAAUCAAGAACCAUGGGAGCAUAGGAGCAGCAGCAACAGUACAGUAUGGUCGUGCAGCUUGCGUUGAGAUUCGGGACGGGCGACGCAACAGGUUGCCUGCAUCUGCAAGAACAAGGCUGUGCCAAACCAAUCCUGCAGGCAUGCCGAGCUGCUGCUGCUGCUACUAGCUGUAGCCCGUAGCUAGCGAGCCAGGCGAUCCAAGCAGCGACAAGGCAAGAGAAGAACGCAUCGCAUCAGGAUUCAGGACUCGUUGGUUUGGGUUUUGGAGUUGGAGAGGAGAUGCAGAGCAUCAUCUCUCGUGGCGUCGCCAUGGACAUGGAGACGGAGCAGCAGCAGCAGCAAGAGCAGCUGCCGUGCCGCCUGCCCACGUGCCCACCUUGGCUCCAGGCGGCCAUUGCAGACAUUGAGCAGCGCGUGCGCGCGCUGGCGGUGAGCUUGCCGGACGACGCGGCGGCGACGGCGACGGACCACUCCUUCGCGGAGCGCGCCGAGAACUACUACCACAAGCGGCCGCAGCUGCUGGCGCUGCUCACCGACCUCCACCACCGCUACCUCUACCUCGCCGACCGCUACUCCCAGUCUCUCCUCGCCAACAAGCCGCAGCUUUUCCACGCCGCCGCCGCGUCCGGCUCCGACUGCGGCUCCUCCGACGUCGACGACCGCUCCUCCGACGCUGACAGCUCCCUCUCGUACCAGCCUCCCCCCGCCGUCAUCCAUGGGACCGUUGCUGCUGCUCCUGCCAGCAGUUGUAGCAGCAGCAUUCAUGCUGUCGACGCUGAGCUGGUCGUGGCGGAGCUGGUGCUUGCGUGGGUUGGUCGUGACAUUCUGGCCGACGAGGCGGAGCGGCGGAAGGCGGAGUCGGCGAGGAAGAUCGAGCUGCAGGGGAGCCUCCUGGAGGUGCUGGAGUCGGAGAGGCUGGUGCUGCUCGGCGAGAACGCGCGUCUCGGGUUCCGCGCGUCGGCGGCCGAGGAGGAAGCGGCGGCCGCGGCGGCGGAGCUGGGGUACAUGCGGCGGCGCGCGGCGGAGAUGGCGCGGCUGGUGGUGAAGCUCCGGGAGGACCACCGCGUGUGCAUGCUGGGGCGCAAGAUCGAGGCGCUGCAGUCGCAGGUGUACGGGCUGGAGCUGCGGAACCGGGAGUGCUACGAGGCCAUGGCGGCGUGGGAGGCGGAGCGGAAGCUGGGCAUGGCGGAGAUCGAGCGGCUGCGCGCGGAGAACAAGCGCCUGGCCGCGGAGGCUUCGACGGCGGCGGCGGCGGCGAGGCGGAAGCGGAAGGGCGGAGGCGGGUGGAUGUGGUGGGCGCGGGUGCGGAUGGCGGCGGAGUGGACGCCGUGCUCGCCGGCGGUGAGGAAGGACGGCAAGUACAACGCCGGCGGCUGCUUCUGCCUCUAAUCUGUUUGCUUCGUUUUGGCGCGGCGGUACGUGUUUUUUUGGGUCGGCAUGUGUGUUCAUUUUGCCCCUCGGAUUGUGGUGAAAUUGCGUUCAAGUAUCAACAAGGGGAUUGUGGUGAAAACUGCACUAGAGACAGGUUUAGUAUGAGACUAAUUAGCGAGAAGUGGGUAGUUUUAUCUGGCUUGUAAAAUGGAUCAGCUGCAUGUUGGUGGUAAAACUAGUCUACUGAGACUCGAGUAUAUAAAUAUUACUGGAUGUUCUAAGUUGGUAGACCUGGUGUGUAAUGUAACUGUGUGCGUGCUAUACACCCUCCGGU